CACAACUCGCUCGCUCGCUCGCUGACAUGCAUAAACACGUUGCAGUGGAGUCUGCUUGAACGUGUUCUGUCCGUCAAGUGUCAACGGCGCGCCCAACAAGCAGAACAAGCAAGCAAGCAAGCAAGCAAACAAGAUGGAACGUGCUGCGGCGUUUGUCAGUGCAAGCGUGCAACAAGCAAGCAAGCAAGCAAGCGGGCUCAUUUUUCGCCUUGUAACAAAGCCAACAAGCCACGACAGCAGUGCAGCAGUCGCAGUUGAUAUCGAGCUUGUUUGCACUGAGGCGGGUUCAGCAAGACACAAGCCAUGGCCGAGGAAGAGGGCGAGUCGCCCACGAUGAUUGAGCAGUCGCAACUGCUGGACAUGGAUGUGGAGGAAGAUGAGGAAGAAGAAGAAGAAGAAGAGGAAGACAUUCUCGCCUCAUACCAGGAGGAGGAUGACGAGCACCAGCAACCACAGCACCAGCAGCCGAGUGCGGGUGAGAUGGGAAGUGGUGCCGGCAAGCGAACAGCAGCAGAAGAAGGAGAAGAGGAGGACCUGGGGGACCUGGGGGAUGGAGCAGCGCACCACAGGCAACACCAAGACCACCAGCACCAGCAAGAGCAGCACGACAGUGAUGUGCAGAUGGUGAUUGAUUCCCCUCGGGAUGAGGAAGAUGGGGAGGAGGAGGAGCAGGAGGAAGACACGGAGCAGCACACUGAGCAUGUGGAGAAUGGCGGAGAAGACACGCAAGACGACGACGAAGCAGACGAAAGAGACGAAAGAGAUGGAGAGGCAGAGGAUGGGCAAACCCAUGCCAAGACCACAGACGGCCACGUGAUGGGCCUGAAAACAGCCAUCAAGCAGGUGAGGCAGCGUGCCAGGAAAACGGUGACGAUAGGCAGCGUCUCUGUAGUGCUGCCGGAAGACACCAGCGGGCCAGACGAGGAAGAUGGCGAGGAGGAGGAUGAGGACGAAAUGGAGGAGGUCGGUGAGAGUGGACGCUUGAUGGGCGAGAAGCGAGGCAUGGAGAACGGCGGCGUGGUAAUGGUGGUGGGUGGCGAGCAAGAGCAGGGGCAAGAGGACCCUCGACGAGGCAACGAAGGUGGAUGUGUAGGGGACGAGGACGACUAUGACAGCAUGCUGUCGCAGAAGGCGGAUGACCAAGUGUUGACGGGGCAAGUCAUUGACCAUCUCAAGGGCAUCUUUGAUCAGCAGCGGUCCACGGAACAGCGCCUGCGGCAGGAGCGCAACGCCGCCCGCACGCACGUGCGCCAACUCAAGGCGGCGCUGGCCAAAGCAACCGCUGCCGCCAACAGCAAACUGGCCCCGUCCAGCCCCCAAAGCCUGCUCCAACUCCUCCACAACCUCGCCAAGCGCGUGCGUACGCACGCCGUGCAUAUUGCCACCACCUCCACAACGAAAACCACAACCACGACCACAACAACGGCAACAACGACAACCACAACUGCAACUCCCGCUUGUGCGUCGGGAGCGCCACGUGCACAAGCGAAUGGUGGCAGCAGCGUUGCUGACGGCAAGCUGACGAGGCAAAACAACACCAGCAACACCAAGAUGGUGGAUGAGGUACAGCUGCAGGAGGAGCUGGACACCACGCUCAAGUGCCUGGAUACCGCUGGCAGCGAACUGCGGCAGCUGACGCACACGACCACGGCGCUGUUCAAGGCCGUCACCGCCAACAGCGACAGCGCGGCGUGGCUGGAGGAGCACCACCCGCACACCAUGCAGCGCACAGGCACCGCCCAUGCAUGCAUGCAGGCAACGUGCGAUGUCGUUCCCGUCGGCACACAAACGGAUGCGCGCGACUUGCCGCUCCCGCCCGCCAUCCAGCAGGCCCUCGCCACUCUCAAGGCAAGCGCAGCAAAGGAGGCCACAGCCACUGCAGCUGCCACUAUCGGCACGGGCGAGGUGGACGGCGUUGUUGCGCGUGCGGUGGAGGAACUGAAACGCCUGCGCACGUCAAACCGCACAGCAGAGGAGCAGGUGCAGGCGCUCAAGGCACAGCUGGCCGGUGUGCAGAGCGCCCUUGAUGAGGAGAAGCAGCAUGUGAGCCGCGCACGGCAGCAGGCGGAGGCCACGAAAGCAGAGCACGCAGCCGCCAUCACGGCACUGACGCACCAGCACGAGCAGGCCGUGGCCGCGUUGAAACAGGAGCACAACGCAGCCGUGCAGCGUGCGGAGCGAGACAUGCGGGACAGCCUGGCGAAGGAGCACGCUGCAGAGGUUGACCAGCUGCGCACCGCCCACGCAAGCGCGCUCGAGGCGGCACAGCAGGCGGCAGCAGCGGCGGCCAGGGAGGAAGCGGCAGCACGGCUGGACGCACUCACAGCGACACACAAGGAGGAGGUUGCACGCGUGCGACGUGAGCAUGACGAGCACAUUCGCGCCAUUCGCCAGCACGUUCACGCCAUCGCCACCACCCUCGGUGUCGACACCACGACGAACAACAACAGCGUCAGCAACAGCAACAGCAAAGGCGAUAGCAACGGCGAGACCGCGGAUGCCACACACGCCACAACCGUCGACAGCGGUGACAACAAGCAGGGCGGUGUGCUGGCUGUGCUGGGGGCGUGUGCGCGGGCCGCGUGCCAGGCGAUGGCGGCAAAGAAGGAAAAGGCGUCGCUGGUGGACGACCUGCGGGCACAGGUGCAGGCAGCGGCAGCGCAGUCACGCGAGCUCAGCGCUGCUGUGGCGACAGCCACCACCCGCAGCGAGCGGCUGGAGGGCGAAGUGACGCGGCUCACCGACGCCCUGGCCAGGGCGCAGACGGAGGCGGAGGAGGCGUGCGCGCAGCAGCGGGUGAGCGAGCACUCGCUAAUCGCGCUGGAGACGGAGAAGGGCGAGCUGGAGGAGAGGAUGGCCAGUGUGCGGGCGGCGUUGAAGGAUGCGGCGGCAGAGGUGGCGGAGCUGCGACGGGCGCGGGACGACGCAGAGAAGCGGGCGACGCUGCUCUCCAUGCUGCAACAUCAAGGCCCAACCGCCCUUGAUGACGACCAAGCGCAGGGCAGCAGUGGCGGUGGUCGCGCCAAUCGUGGGGACGCUACCAAGGCACCCGCUGUUGUUGCUGCUGGUACUGGUGAUGAUCAUACACAUGAUCGAAGCAACAACAACAACAAUAACAACAACAACAACAACAACAACAACAACAACAACAACAACAACAACAACAACAACAACGAUGACGAUGACGACUUUCAAACUGAUGCCUCCACGCACACACGAUCAUCCAAGCCAAAACACAGGCAGCACACCACCACCACAACCAACUCAGCCACCAACACCAAGACCAGCUGCAGCAAGCCAUCUGUGUGGGCUGAUCUGCCCAACACAGAAGCAACAGCAGCACCGGCACCAACAACAGCGGCAACAGCAGGCGCCCGUGAUGAGCAGAAUGAAGGUGACGGCAACGGUGAGCAGGCCAAGAAGCGAGCGAAGAUUGAGCAGGACUCGCACGAGCUGGAGAACAUGGUCACGUCCGAAGAGGACAGCAUGCCACAGCACGACAACAACACCGACAGCAUCAACACCAACGAUGAUGGUGGUGGUGGUGGUAGUGGUGGUGGCGGGGGUGGCAGUGGCGAAGAUGGGCAGGACAGCAGCGGCGGCAGCAGCAGCAGCGGAGGCCACGACAUGGACAUGGGCCUGGACACGCAGGCAAAGCGGGCCACCCCGAGCAAGCGCCUCAAGCGCUUUGGCACCGAGGACAUUUUGGCGCAGGAGAGGCGGGGCCGCCGCACCGGUCGUGGUGAUGAUGGUGAUGAUGGUGAUGAUGGUGAUGGUGGUGAUGGUGUUGUUGAUGGUGAGCACAACCACAACGACAGCCACGCCGACAGCGUGGGUGACGAUGGUGAAGGCGGUGAUGUCGACGGUGGUGGUGAUGGGUCGUGUUCACCAUCGCCUCCGGGCCCGAAGACGCGACGACGAGCGGCAGCAGCAAAAGAGCGGCGGCGGUCGCGAUCACCGCGGCGGCGCAGCAGAAGAGGAAGCAGCGAUGCACGCAGACACAGGGAGGGUGAGCGCAAUGAGCAGGAGGGACAGGAGGAGGAGAAAGAGGCCGAGAAGAAGAAAGGGAAGGACAAGGGGAAGGAGGAGGACAAGGGGGCGCAACAACGGCAGGAGCAGCAACGGCAGGAGGCGCAGUUGGGGGAAGAGCAAGAACGGCAGCAGAGGGCGGGGUCAGCAGCAGGCAAGAUGGACGUGCGUGGCAGCAAGAGCCGCAAGGCAGCAAGCAAACCUGCUGCCACCGCCAGCAAAGCGCAGGACAGCGAGACCAUUGUGGUGCUGGAUGAUGACGAGGAUGAAGACGACAGUGGUGCAAACAACAACAGCAGCGAGAAGGCUCUCAAGCACAAGGCUGCAGCUGUGCAGCAAAACAAGCAGAAGCAGAAGCAGCAGAGGGCAGUGUGCGUGUGCUUGAGCGGCUUCCGCCCAAAGCUGGCCGGGUACACAAACGACGACAAGCUGCGGCUCGUGGACUACGCCAAGCAGCUCGGCGCGCGCGUGCACGGCGGCGCAAACUUCAGUGACGACAUCACGCACGUGGUGGCGCCGCAGUCGUGCCGCACGCUCAAGGUGCUUGCAGCCACGCUGGAAGGGCGCUGGCUGGUGUCCAGCGCAUGGCUGGUUGACUCGUUCAAGGCGGGCAGGCUGCUGCCCGAGGACGGGUACGGAGAGUCGUUUGCGUCUCGCCCGUUUGCCAACAAGCGCUUUGUGUUUUCGCCCGGCUUUGCGCGCGCUCGCGCAGAGAAGCAGAACAACGCGCGUGCGCUCGUGGAGACGUACGGACAUGGCACGCUGCUGCCAGGCACCUGCCCGCCCGCAAAGCAAGCUGAACAGCAGCAGCUGCUGCUGCAGGGAGGUGGUGGGGAUGGUGUGUCUGCGGAUGAUGUGGACUUUGUGCUCGUGUCGUCCUCGGAGGCAUCGACGUCAACAAAGGCGCGGGCAAAGCUGCAGGCGGGCAGCACAACCGCCACCAGCGAAAGCAAAACUACAGCGGGGACAAAGGCGGUGGCUGAUCCGCUCGCUGGCAUUUCAAAGGACAAGACGCUGACGUGGCAGCAGUUUCUUGAUUGCAUCCCUGCCAUUGGCGCGCACAACGCCACGCGCACAGAGACGACGACAACCGAGGCGGUCAAAGGCGAGAGCGCAAGCGGUCCUGUCGGUGGUGAUGGCGACAAGAUGGAGAUUAACCAAGACGGCCCUGAACGGAAGAGGAAGCAGCAGAGCAAGCAGGACAAGCAGAGCAAGCAGGACAAGCAGAGCAAGCAGGAGCAGAUUCACGGUGAUGGUGAUGGCGGCGAUGAUGAUCACGACGAGAGCGGUGAACGCGGUGGUGGAGGUGGUGGGGAUGAGCAAGGGCAACAGCAGCAGCAGCAGCAGCAGUCGUCUCGUACAAUGCACGCAAGCAUUUCUGAGGAGGAUGAGGUGCGGUUGUCGCCACCGCGAACGCGAGCAGCGGCACAUGCGGCUGCAGCCAUGAGGACGCCCUCGCCCAAACAGCGCCGACAGCGCAGCGCGGCAACAGGCUCCAAGAGCGCGUCUGCGCAGGCAAGUCCCCUCGCAGCAGCAGUACCAUCGCCGGACGUGUCUGUGUCGUCGCCGCACUCCUCGGCCAAGAAGGGCAAGCUCUCCCUCUCGCGCCGGCGCAAGACGCGCCAGAGCGGAAGCAAGCGCCUGUGA